CGCUGCUGUCCCCGCAGCCAGCUCCAGCUCCGCGGCCCCGCUCGCGGCGCAGAUGAGUAAUGCCACACGUGCUGUGCCCUCUCCCAUGGCACCUGGCACGCCGGGGCCUGGCACAGCAGCCAGACUGGCCUCAGCCCCACCAUUCUCAGCUGUUGCCCUGCUUACGGCUGCCCACAACAACUCCCAGGACGGCCAGCAGCUUUUCCUGACCACGACAGCGGCGCAGGUCAUCUCUGGCAUCUUCGUGUGGUCAGCACUCAUCGUCACCUUCCACCAGAUCUACACACACCUGAGGAACUACACCAUCCCCAAGGAGCAGCGCUACAUCAUCCGCAUCCUCUUCAUCGUGCCUGUCUAUGCCUUUGACUCCUGGCUCAGCCUCCUCCUCCUCGGCAGCCACCAGUACUACGUCUACUUCGACUCGGUGCGUGACUGCUAUGAAGCUUUUGUGAUUUACAGCUUCCUGAGCCUGUGCUUCGAGUACCUCGGAGGGGAGAGCACCAUCAUGACAGAGAUCCGAGGGAAGCCCAUUGCGUCCAGCUGCUUUUAUGGGACCUGCUGCCUUCAGGGUAUGUCCUACUCCAUCGGGUUCCUGCGCUUCUGCAAGCAGGCCACGCUGCAGUUCUGCAUUGUGAAACCUCUCAUGGCAAUCGUCACCAUCAUCCUGCAGGCAUUCGGGAAGUACCACGACGGAGACUUCAAUGUCCACAGUGGGUACCUCUACAUCACCAUCAUCUACAACUUCUCCGUCAGCCUGGCCCUUUACGCCCUUUUCCUCUUCUACUUCGCCACCAUGGACCUGCUGCGCCCGUUUGAGCCAGUCCUCAAGUUCAUCACCAUCAAGGCCGUCAUCUUCCUCUCCUUCUGGCAAGGGACACUGCUGGCAAUCCUGGAGAAAUGUGGGGUGAUCCCUGAAGUUCAGAUCAUCGAUGGGAAGGAGGUGGGAGCUGGGACAGUGGCUGCUGGCUACCAGAACUUCAUCAUCUGCAUUGAAAUGUUCUUCGCUUCCAUUGCCCUGCGCUACGCAUUCACCUGCCACGUGUACAGGGAGAAGAAAGAAAACUCAACAGCAAACCUCGCCCCGAUGCAGAGCAUCUCAAGUGGGCUGAAGGAGACCAUCAGCCCCCAGGACAUCGUGCAGGAUGCCAUCCACAACUUCUCGCCCGCCUACCAGCAGUACACCCAGCAGUCGAUGCAGGAGGCAGAGCGCAAAGCACCGGGGGAGAACGGGCAUGUGGCCUCCAAGAUAGAUGGACAAAGCAGCAAGAAGAGCAAAAACAUUGAAAAGAGAAUGCUAAUCCUGUCAGAUGAGGAGCUGUAGGAGGUAUCAAAAGAGACACUGACACUGAAGAGGUUUUAACCCAUGCAGAGGGGAGGUGUCCUGAGGCUGAGACAGCCUGGGCUAAUCAGAAUACUGAGAAGCCAGGAACUCUAUCCAAAAAGCCAGUCUCUCAAAGGGAAGAUGCAAUAACCCAGAAAAGGUUAAGUCAAAUAGUGCCAGCUUUUGCUAUCAUGGAUGGAGCUGUGUUAAACCCUGUGUUGCAGCCUGGCCUUUGCUGCCCCACUGCUGCUGUCUCUCUGCCAGCCCUGUGCCAAUGCUGGGGGAUGCCAGGCAGGGAGGGGAGCCAGGGUGCAGGACAGACCAGCUGCCCUCGCCCUACUCUUACCUCCAAGCAGUGCUGAGGCCUGAGAGAAAUGCUUUUCUCAGCACAGUUCUGCUCUAGUUUCUCCCAGUUUGAGUAAAAAAUGAUCUCCAAGGGCUCCGUGGAGAAAACCAGCCCAGGAAGGUGACUUCGCUUCACCUCAAAACCCGGUAAAGGUUGAAAGACGUCAUUCCUUAUUUUUACAUCUUUCCCCCUCUCUUUCUCACAGCAAAGCUUAUAGAGAUGUGCAAAAGACCUUUACCAGGGAGAAUGAGUAAGUCAUCCGCUUCUCCCUCCAGAUGUGGGUGCAGCUGUCCAAGUAACUCCCCCGGGAGUGUGGCAGGACCUCACUGGGACUAACCAGAGGUCUGCAGCUGCAUUUCUGAGAGCUGCCAGUGACAGAAGUGCUUGUUAUGUCUAAACCAGCUUAUCUCUGAACGGAUCAGAAGUUAAAAGGGAUUCCAACUUCCUUAUCAGAAUCUUUAUUAGGGAACCAGACUGACUGGUGGUGGUAGGAAUUCACUUACUGGGAACUGUCUGUUCCUCCUAACCCUUCACUAUUCCCCAUCCCUGGGCUUUGCCUGACCCGUGGGAAGGCAAGCAGGAGCUGAGCCCAGCUGGGUGAUCAUGGUGAGGAUAGAGAGGUGCUGAGGGAUGUUGCCACGUGGAGCAAGACCACAGGCGAGGAAAGACUGUGUAUGGAGGGAUGCUCUUCAUAUUAGUGAUGGCGAGCUCACAUCCUCCUCUUAAGACUUCUUCUCCUUUCUUCCCCAAUUUUUAGUCUAAUUUAUAUUCUCCUGUUAAUGAGAUGAUCCCUGGGAAUGAACUUAGGCACUGGUUGGGCUGUUGUCUGGGAUGGUAGCUGGCUAGUGGAAGGAUGAAGGCAAAUCUAUAGCCUCAUAUCUGCAGUCAUGUGGCAAACAAACCAAUGGAUAAGGCUUGGAGCCCUUUUAAACACAACUCAUAGAAUUUGGAUCUUUUUUUCCCUGCUCUUAAGCUGCAAAAUGUAAAUCACAACACAAAAUUAUUUAUUUUUUUUUCUAAUAAACAGCAAUUCUAGCACAGAGCAAGCAAGCAUUUUCACUGAGCUCAGCAAGCAAAGCCCACGAUCUGCCUGUUCCUGCUAUAAUGCUGAUGCUCUUAAGCUUAACGUCCUCCCUGCCCCUCAAUGCUGGCCCAGCAGAAAUACCUGCACACGCAGCAUCCUGCACAUUUGGCAUUCCUACAGGAUUUGUGCUCAUCUUUUUCACUCCACAAAGAACGUGCGUGUCUCCCGCUUCCUCUCCUUGCACAGCCCCUCUUCCAACCCUUGCCUAAGCUGUCGAUGCAGGGGUUCAGAGGAGCUGGAUCUGGUUUAGCUAAGCUAAGCCCAGACUCCAGCCCAGACUCCAAGCUCUGUUUAUUAUUAUUAUUGGAGAAAUCUUACCAUGCUAUAGCCCGGACUCCACAUGAGCAACCUAUAGUUCAGCCAGUCCUGCAAGUCCCUCUGGUCUGAAGGAGCACUGCUCGUACCUACUCAGCCAGUGAGACUGCUGCCACUUUUCCUGCAAGGAGGUCCAUAAACAAGAGCCAGAUGCUGUGCACAUCCAGGCAUUCAUCCAGGAUCCUGCACAUCCUGGGAGCAAGACUGUCCUGCAUAGAAAGUGCAGCCUCAGUACUCAGGGACAAGGUUGCUUGGCUUUGUAAUUCAGCCAGCAUAGAAGCAGGGACAUCUCAGCUGAACAUCUUGGUCUUCACCCCUCUGGGAGAGGACGGCCACAGCUGCAGGAACAGAGGCUGCUCUGGCUCCUGGGGCGAGGACAGACUGCAAAGGUGAUGAUAGCACAUCUGCUGGUGUGCUCGCAGCCGCUGAGAUAAAGACUUGCACAAGAACACAGCAAGAAGCGUGGUUGUACUUCAUUGCACAAAUGAUCGACUCCAGUGCAUAAUGGGCUGCCUCCAUUGCUCUGCCAGCAGGUGCAAUUCCCACUGCAGACAAUAACAUUUGC